AUGAACAGCAGCAGUGCAGUUUUGAGACGGAUGGAGCCCACCAUCCCCGCCAUCAUGUUCAUUUUUGGGGUCAUCAGUAACCUGAUCGCCAUCGUCGUGCUCUGUAAGUCGCGCAGGGAGCAGAAGGAGACCACCUUCUACACGUUGGUGUGCGGGCUGGCGGUCACCGAUCUGUUGGGGACCGUCCUCGCGAGCCCGGUGACCAUCGCCACGUACGUGAAGGGCGCGUGGCCCGACGGAGAGCCGCUUUGUCAGUACUUCGGCUUCGUGCUGCUCUUCUUUUCUCUAGCCGGACUGAGCAUCAUAUGUGCCAUGUCGAUCGAGAGAUACAUCGCCAUCAAUCCCACGUAUUACUACAACGAUUACGCGGACAAGAGACUCGCGGGCGUCGCGCUCGUGGCCAUUUACGCAUCGGACGCGCUCUUUUGCGCACUGCCGGGUGUCGGUUUUGGAGAGGUGAAGAUGCAGUACCCGCAGACCUGGUGCUUCAUCGACUGGAGGACUAAUGUCAGCGCACACGUGGCUUUCUCUUACAUGUACACUGGCUUCAGUUCGGUUCUGGUGACGGUGACGGUGACGGUGGUCUGUAACGUUCUGGUGUGUUGCGCUCUGAUCCGGAUGCACCGGCGGUUCGUCAGACGCACUUCUCUCGGUGCCGACGCGUCUGAUCCCGGCAGGAACCCAAACUUCGGUCGUCUCGCUGGUGCUGAGGUGCAGAUGGUGAUUCUGCUCAUCGCCACCUCGGCUGUGGUGCUCAUUUGUUCCAUUCCUCUCGUCGUCCAAGUGUUUCUCAACCAGAUUUAUAAGACGGAGGUGGAGAAACGGCUGGAGAAAAAUCCAGAUCUAUUGGCCAUCCGGUUCGCCUCAACCAACCCCAUUCUGGAUCCUUGGAUCUAUAUUCUGCUGCAAAAAGCGCUUCUCUCGAAGGUGAUCCAGAACAUCAAGUGUCUUUUCUGCAAGAUGGGUUCUCAACAGAGUCAAAGCGGCUUCCAGUGCAGAGACGGACGGCAGUUGUCCUCCAGAGAUUCGCCAUCUGACGCGCCUCAGGAACUUAGAGACGUCACGAGUAUGUCGCAGACGGGACUGUAUUUACCUGAGAGAGAUCUGGACACCUGUCAAUCAUCUGAAGUCUCUUCUCAGAGUGGUUUGAAGAAGGAGACAAACUCUGAAUGCACAGAACAAGCCUUACAAAGGACUCUAACCAGUGAGUGUUUUCAAGAGAAGAGUAUUUAACAUCUUUUCUCUCUCGUGCACUUUGAUCUUGUGUAACAUGUCAACUCAAGCUGUGUCUGUCAUUACAGAUAAAGUUCAUGAUCACUAAAGAACCUGUUUUUUAUUUGAGUGAAAUAGUGCUUCUCUAACCGUUAAGGGUUUGUUGGAUCAGUCAGGUAUGGUUUAUAGAAUGCUGAAAACAUCUCUAACUGCAUGUUUGUUUUGGUCAAGAUCAACACGACGCUAGAGGAAAUAACCUAGAUUCAAUGUUUUUGUAAAGGAUUUCCCCCAGAAUCACAGGCAGCAUGUUUCAUGAUGCAUUUAAUGAUGCUCUGCAUAAAUGUCUGAACAAACUUCAUGAAGGAACAACUAUAUGUACAUACAGAGAGAAACUGACAGAAUCAUUCAACUUGAGUGAAAGGAGUUCUUUAUGAUGUAAAUUCAGACAGGUUACGUGUUGUUUUGACUGAAUAUCAGUUUUCAUGGAAAUGAGUUAAAGGGUCUCUUGGGGCCAGAAAAGAACUGUGAGAGAGUGAGACUGAGCAGAUCUGACAACCUUCAUGACAUUUCAGAAACAUUCUCAAUGAUCAGCAUACUGUUUAAAAACAAACCCGUGACAUUCAAACUGUUCCCAUGAAACUGAGGUCAAUUACAACACUAAUCUUUGUUUACAUCAGUCAGAUCAAAGCAAAGAUGACAUCAUGUCGACCUCAUUUCCAUGCGUUAAAAAACUUACGAUAUUAUGUGCAAACAAGUACAAAAACAAUAUAAUAGUACAGUAUUUCAAAAACAAAAGUUUAAAUAUUGAAAUUUUGAUAAAUGCCCCUUUAAGCUCAAGUUUCUGAUGCCAUGAAGAAUGUGUGAAAAACAAACAUGAUU